AUGCCCACGUUCAGCUGCCUCCUGGGUCCCGUGACAUCUUUCUUGUUCAACCACGGGGUGCACAGGAUGGGAACUGUUCUCCCCUCUUUGGAAGCUAGCGUGUGGCUCCUCUUUAGAGAGUUGUGGCUGGAGACCAAAGCAGUGGCCUCUCUGUAGCCAGCCUGUGCUGGGGGAAAGGGGAGCCCACUCCAUGUCCUGAAGGCACGGGGAGAUGGAAGGACGAGCGGUCGGCCGAGCACUCAGGCGCUUCCGAAAUCGACUGCCUCGACUCGGACACCGAGCAGGAUCUGCCCGGGACAAUCUAGGGGAGGCUGUAAACGAACCAGAAAGGACUCAAGAGAACUCUCUGCCCAGCUUUGCUGGGGGGCAGCAUUUCUUUGAAUAUCUUCUGGUGGUUUCUCUUAAAAAAAAGCGCUCAGGAGACGACUAUGAACCCACCAUCACCUACCAGUUUCCCAAGCGGGAGAAUCUGCUUCGAGGGCAGCAGGAGGAGGAGGAGCGGCUUCUCAAAGCCAUCCCCUUGUUCUGCUUCCCAGAUGGGAAUGAGUGGGCACCUCUCACCGAGUAUCCCAGGGAGACUUUCUCCUUUGUCCUGACCAAUGUGGACGGCAGCAGAAAGAUUGGAUACUGCAGGCGCCUCUUGCCCGCCGGCCCCGGCCCUCGACUUCCCAAAGUGUACUGCAUCAUCAGCUGCAUUGGCUGCUUCGGCUUGUUCUCCAAGAUCCUGGAUGAAGUGGAAAAGAGGCAUCAGAUCUCRAUGGCUGUCAUCUACCCAUUCAUGCAGGGCCUCCGAGAGGCGGCCUUCCCGGCACCUGGAAAAACUGUCACCCUCAAGAGCUUCAUCCCUGACUCUGGCACAGAGUACAUCUCACUGACCCGGCCCCUGGACUCCCACCUCGAACACGUGGAUUUUAGUUCCCUGUUGCACUGUCUUCGUUUUGAACAGAUUAUUCAGAUCUUUGCCUCUGCGGUAUUGGAGAGAAAGAUCAUCUUCCUGGCAGAAGGUCUCAGUACCUUGUCUCAGUGCAUCCAUGCUGCUGCUGCGCUGCUGUACCCCUUCAGCUGGGCACACACCUACAUCCCUGUGGUGCCCGAGAGCCUUCUGGCCACCGUCUGCUGCCCCACUCCCUUCAUGGUUGGAGUACAAAUGCGCUUUCAGCAGGAAGUUUUGGACAGCCCCAUGGAAGAGGUCUUGCUGGUGAAUCUUUGUGAAGGAACCUUCUUAUUAUCGGUUGGAGAUGAAAAAGAUAUCCUGCCACCAAAGCUUCAAGAGGAUAUUUUAGUCUCUCUUGAUCAGGGGAUCAGUGACUUGACUUCAGAACAAAUCAACGAACAUGUUUCAGGCCCUUUUGUGCAGUUCUUUGUCAAGACUGUGGGUCACUAUGCUUCCUAUAUCAAACGGGAGGCAAACGGGCAAGGCCAUUUCCAAGAACGGUCCUUCUAUAAGGCUGUGUCCUCUAAGACCAACCGCCGAUUUGUGAAGAAGUUUGUGAAGACACAGCUCUUCUCCCUUUUCAUCCAGGAAGCUGAGAAGAGCAAGAAUCCUCCUGCAGGCUAUUUCCAACAAAAGAUACUUGAAUAUGAACAACAGAAGAAACAGAAGAAAUCAAGGGAAAAGACUGUGAAAUAAGAGCGUGGUGAACAGGAAUGACUUGACUUACAAGCCAGUUCUGGACUUUGGCCCCUGCCAGAGUGGUGGGAUCAGCAAAGCUCAGCUCCCAGAACCCAUGGCCUUCUCCAGAGUCCUGGUGUCCAGGUCCUGCUUCAUACUGGUAUCUGAGUUUGGGAUCACAGGUGUGAGCUUCCUUGGGACUUUUUGGGGGCUCAGACCCCAAGCUCACAGAACUGGACUCAAAGCUGCCUUUUUUGCAGAGGUGACACAGAGUGGGAAACUGUAGUACAUUUGUUGUAGGUGCUUGGUUACAAGUUGCUGCAACUGAUGUCUCCUGGGAACCACCACUACGAAAUCCUCCGCAGAGCUGAAAGAAGUUGUGGCCCAAAGGCUCAGCUCCUCCACAUAAAAACAGAGUAUGAGGAUAAUAAAGGCGAGAAUCUCAUUGUU